AUGUUUGAUCCGUUAGAUCUGUUCACUCCAGAAGAAGAACGAGUCAAUGAGGUGAUUGUACAGUCACGUUAUUCAUCAAAAGAGAGCCAAGUUGAGAUUGAAAAUGAUGGGGAUGGUCUAGGUGAUAGUAUUGAUGAUAGUGAUGCUAAAAUAGUGAGCAUUCUUGACUUGCCAUUGAUUCCAUAUGCAAAUACAAAAGUUCUUCUAUGUACCUUAAUAUUGCUAAGACCAAAUGCUCAAAUAAACUUCAAUAGUGACGAAAGUGUUGACUCUGAUAUUGCAAAAGAUGUGCCAACCGAUCUUUUAGAUGAGCUAUUGAAAUGGUAUACAGAAACCUUUCCAAACUCCAACUUAAAUACUUUAAGCAAAAUUAUUGAAAAAAUACCUGUCAUUAAAUCAACUUCUGAUAAGGAGAGUCUAUUAAACUAUUAUACCUCAGCAUUAAAGAACCUAGAGAAAAGAUUGGCAAUUGGAGCAGAGAAUGAUAUAGAACAUAUUGAUCUGGCAAUGAAAGAAGUUGUCCAAAGAAUCAGUGAGAAUUGUGGAAGAACCGCUCAACCAUCGAUGACUAGAGAAUUCAAAUUGGAAAAUCUGCAUCACAUCGUAAAAUUAUAUGAGCCUUCAUUAACUGCGGAUAACUUGGGAUGGAAGACCUGGGGAUCAUCAUUGGUACUAUCACAAUACUUAAUAAACAACUUCAAUAAGUAUAUAAACGUUAAUAAUUGCCAUGUUAGAAAAGUGAGAGUGUUAGAGUUAGGAGCAGGAACAGGUCUCGUGGGUAUAUCGUGGGGUUGUAAAUGGAAAGAGGAAGUAACAAGUGCAGGAAAUGAAAAUCUGCAGAAUAUGGAAUUAUUCUUAACGGAUCUACCAGAGAUUACCAAUAACUUGGCCAAAAAUGUUAGUACGAAUGAGUUAUCAGAUUUUUGUAAAGUUGAUGUAUUAAACUGGACAGAUCCAACAAGUUUUACAAAUACUCAUACAGAGGAACCAUUUCAAUAUAUUCUGAUUGCCGAUCCUAUUUAUUCUCCAGAGCAUCCCAAGUGGGUUGUUGAUAUGAUCGUUAAAUUCUUAAAGAAACCAAAGGAUGGUAAUGUUUCAAGAUGUUUUAUGCAAAUUCCUAUUAGAGAGAAAUAUCAGGUUGAAAGGGAAACCCUAUGGAGACUGAUAGAGGAAAACAAUUUGAAAUUUACAGAUGAACAAGUAGAUUACGGACAAGAUGAUUGGGGUCAAGUGCAGUAUCUUUACAAAGAAAUACAAUGGAAAUAA